AUGGCGAACUACUUGCACUCUACCCAAAGACGGUAUUGGACGUUUGCUUCUGUUGAGGAGCUCGAAAGGCUUCGAGCAGCAGCUCGUUCCCGCUACGCACACAAGUACCCACAGCGCGAACGGAUAGAUCCUGAAACAGAAGCCAAGUUCCGUCUAGCGUGUGCUUACCGUUUGUACCAGCUGGCACGGGCAGAGCCUGUGUCUUUGCCUAGGUACGUGGCAGCGACGGCUGUUACGCUUUGGAAGCGUUUCUGUUUGUACAACUGUUUUCUUGAGUGGGAUCUCAACGUUUUGCUCCCAACGCUUGUCUACAUCGCCGCGAAAGUGGACGAGAACUAUCGAUCUGCAGCACAAGUAUCCCAAGAACAUGAGCGACAAAUCCUUGCAAUGGAACUACCGCUUCUGAGCAGUAUUCAUUUCCAGGCGGUCUGUCACCAUGCGUAUCUCAUCAUUCGAGCGGAAUUUCCAAAAUUUAGCGACUGGUCCCGUGUGGACGAGGCGGUGAUUCGCACAGAUAGCGCUCUGCUCAUGUCGCCGGCGUCGUUUGCCCUGGUGAUUCUCGGACGAGAGCUCGGUGGUCGGCAUGUUCUCUGGGAAAAUAACGAAAAAGAGCGUGAGCGCUGCUUCCACAUUUUUGAGAAUGCGAUGCAAGGUACCGCCGAUUUGUUUGAGUCUAGCGGAGCCGGGUUGGAUGCCCCACGGUCGCCAGCUCUCGAAGAGGCAUUUCAGAAGCUUUACGAGUGGUACCUUAGAAAUCGUGAUCCGCUGCUAGACAAAGACUCAGCCGAGUCACUGCACCGCCAGGAGCAGGAAAAUCGACAUCUCGAACGGCAGCGAAGGAGGCAUAUGCGCGCAAUGGAGGAGGAGGAACGAAAACGACGGACCCUGCUCUCAUCGGGUGUCGUCGACCCGUGA